GUUUGGUGGUGUAUGAUGGAGUGAGAGAUCAAGCUUGGAGAUUAUCGCAUCCUACUAUGUUUCCUGAUCCAAAUUUCUCAGAUUACAAUAUAGGCGGGGAAAGCUUCACGUUGAUGGAUGGUAUUAUUGGAAUAACCCACUCUCCCAAACUGGCUACGGUGUAUUUCCAACCUUUAGCCACAGAUAGAAUUUUCAGUAUACCAACAACUACUCUAACAAAAGGACCACCGGGUGAAUUUGAGAAACUACCCAUCUCUUUCGUUGGAAGAAAAUCAUCACAGGGAGUAGCACUCACUUUGAAUCUCGUAGACGAGACAUUGUAUUUCAGUCCUACAGCAGAGACAUCUGUAGCAUCGUGGAAUCCAUUAACAAAUCAACAAAAGUUGUUGGCCUACGAUCCAGAAAAACUUCAGUUCCUCGCUGAGUUGAGAUGGAAGAGCGACGGUACGUUAUGGAUUUUGAGUACAAGAUUCCAAAAAUUCUUUUUGAGGACUGUUUCCCCACUCGAAAUCAACCUUAGAGUGAUCAGAGUGUUCCCCAAAAAUGGAAUUUCCCAUGGAGUCACUAAUAACUUGUUUAUCUAAGGUGAAGACUUUCUUCAGAGAAGAUAUAACUUCAACGAAGCACACUGCCACAUAGAAGUACUUAGAUGGCUCGUGAAAAUGAAAUUUUUUUCGUAAAGACUAUGCAACGCUAGUGACGACUGCCAGAUAUGAACUCGAACAAUGUAGUGUUAGGAUUAUUGUAAAUAGUCGUUAUUUGUUACUAGGAGAUCAUACCUUAAAAUUUCUUCAUUAUACCAUUUCAAAUUUAA